UUAUUUUUAUAAAAAUUUUAGUAAAAUAUGGAAAAUGCGUAUCUUAGUUAUAUGACAACCACUUGCAAUACUCAAGCAAAAUGGCAUCUUGAACAGUAUAAAAGAUUUUCAUUCUAUUCUGAAUACUAUUCUAACUUAAAAGCAAAUAAAGAAAGUUGUCACACUCACGUGAAUAAUUCUAGACAUUCUUAUGAUCAUCCCUCUUUAAAUAGUGGAAAUUCAAAUAAGUUAAAAUCAAAAAAUAAAAAGCGAAAAAAUCAAAAAAAAGAAGAAUGUGAGAGUGAGUUUGAACUUGAUCAGCAAUUUGUUGAUUUUCUACGUCAGUCUUCGGAGUUUAAGAAAAAAAGAGAUGCUGAUAAAAUUGCAAAUCUAAAAGAAAAUGAUCCAACAGAAGAUUCUGUAGAAUAUGUUGAUGUUCUUCAAAAAGGUCCUGACGGAACUGUAUUACCGCCUACAGCAUUAAACCGCAAACAAAUUUACGAAGAAAAAUACGGAAAUUCAGGUACUCUUGUCCUUAGUUUAGAAACAGCUUUGCAGUGGAAGUUUAAUAAAUUCAUCGACAAAAGUUCACCUUGUUUAUGGCCUGCAUUGCCAAUUAGAUUUUAAAUGACUCAUUAUGUCCUGCUACGAUUUUCGUAAUUAAAAAAGUCAACAUUUUAUUCCUGUUGCAUUUGUUAUGGGCAACGAACUAUUAAGAUUUGCUGGUUAAAUUGUAAAAAUGUUCAUAGCGCGACGUUUCCAUUUUCUUGAGAUCGCAACUUAGUACUUAAAAGUUAACGGAAACAAACUUGUUAAUUUUAUAAAUUGAUUAAAUAUUUUGUGCAUCGUCGUAUAAAUUAUUUCAUAAAAGUAUUUU